AGACUGCAAAGAAAAAUUAUGGCUUAUUGUCUGUGCAAGUUCACCUACACUGCUCACUCCUGUCUCCCGUGUCCCAGAUGACAGUGUCUUGAUCACAACUUAACCGAGCCACAGGAGUCGAAGCAGAGACAGAGAGGCAGCCCUCCAACCCGUGGUCAGGAGCAUCCCACCCAGAAGAACGAUGCCAGCGGUACCCAGAAGAUGCCGGGGGACGGUCCAGCCCCAUGUGUGAGAGUCGACCUGUCAGGGACCCCCACACCUGGACCCUGUGUCCCACUCUGAGCUGAACAUCAGGCGAUGCAGAGAGCAGACUGAAACUUGAGUAAUUUGAAACGAAAGGACAUCCUCGCACUCGAAGCAGCCCGACGUGUGGCACAGCCUUGAACAUGACCACAGAGAGUUUUGCAGAGUUCCUGAAUAAACUCAAAGAAAUCCAUGAGAAAGAGGUCCAAGGUCUGCAGAGCAAGCUGAUGGAGCUGACGACAGAGAAGUGCCGCGAUGCUCAGAGAAUUGAAGAGCUGUUUGCUAAAAAUCACCAAUUAAGGGAACAACAGAAGGUCCUUAAAGAAAAUGUGAAGGUGUUAGAAAACAGGCUGCGAGCGGGUCUCUGCGACAGAUGCAUGGUCACCCAGGAGCUGGCAAAAAAGAAGCAAAAUGAGUAUGAGACCUCGCAUUUCCAGAGCCUGCAGCACAUCUUCAUCCUCACUAACGAGACAAACCGCCUGAGGGAAGAGAACAAAACUCUCAAGGAAGAACUGAAGAGGCUCCGUAGUCUUGAGGAUGGGACAAAACACCCAGGAGUCACCUCCAGAGAAAGCAGCUCCACCUCCAACUCCCCCUUGGCAUUACUGUCCCCCACAAGCAGAAAUGCUGGCACAGAGAAAGCAGCUCACAGGGGAGCAGAAGAAGCCCAUCAUGAUGUGCCGAGCCCUGAGCUGGGAGAAGAAAAGCCUGCAGGACAGAGAAGCUCUCCAAGCAGCAGGACUUCCCCAAGCACUGUCCUCCAAGAAGUCAGCCUCGCAGAAAUGGCAUCCCAGAGGAUCGCCAACCAGCUGCAUGGAACCAUCGCCCUGGUGAGACCUGGCUCCAGACCCUGCCUCCUGGAGAAAAGUCCUUCAGGGGCAGCAGUGUCCCCUCCCGUGAGGAAGCCUCCUCUCCCGCCGGAGCGCGAGCACAGCCCCAGCCUCGAGAGUUAUUUAACAGCAAGCAAGCCAGGCUCCCCCAAGGUUUCUCCAUCAUAUGAAAACCUAAAAAUGACUGCACGAAGAGAGCAGCUCUGUCUCCUGCACAAGCACCUUUCCCUGCACCAGCUGGGGCUGGUGAGCAGCUGCACCUCGGCUGACCGGGAUGGCAGUAGCUUCUCCAGCCAUUUGCUCAGGUCCAAAGAUGCCGAUGGGAGGACGAGGUCGCAUGACGGCUGGGAAGAUCACGCAGCCUUGCUGAAGCUUCCUGCCACCAUGGUGUACGUGAGGGAUCAGCACCUGGAGGAGAAGCUGCAGCUCCUCAAGCAUAGGGAACGGCUCCAGCAUUUCCUCAUGCAGCAGUGCCAGCCCGACCAGCGGGCUGAUGGAGACCCAAAGCCCGUCCAAGAGGAGCGGCCACUCUCCCCAUGGCUGAGCAUCACACCGGCAUGCAAGGAGGAAAGGUCCUUCCUGGAGGAUGCCAUGGAUGGGAAAGCAGAGAAGGAUCUUUUGCUGAGCCGAGACAGCAUCAAGCUCCGAGGAAAGGUGGAGGCAACAAGAGACGAUAGUGCAGACGCACCGCUGGAUCUGUCAGACUCCAGCCGUGGCAGGGAAAUGGGCUGGCACAACCGGCGGGAGCCCCAGGGGGCUGGUAGCCCACGGCUGAGCCCCAGGGAGAGCCCUGCCUUGCCGGUAGCCUGUGGCCCCUGCGGGAGACACGGGGCAGAGAGGGACAACUUGUGUUUACCCUGCCACUGGCCCAAUGCCACCCGGGCACUGCCUGAUGCUGUCAAGGAGGAGGAAGAAGAGGAGGAGGAGGAGGCAGCAGCUGUGCUCGCUUUCUCACGGGCACAUCCAACAAACAAGUCCACGCCAAGCAAACCAGAGGCUCUUCCAGAGACCGGGGUGAGACUGGCUGUCAGCGCACAGAAAGCAGAACCAGAUGAUGAUGAUGCUGAGUCUGGGAAGCAGGAAUCUGAUGAGCCAGACACGACGGACAGCGAGGUGGCUGCCCCGUAUGAAGAUGACAUCCUACAAGAAGCCCAGGCUGAUGGGAAAUAUUUUUGCACGAAAGACAAAGCUCAUGCACUGCAGAAGAAGAGAAAAAGAGGACAGGAUCCCUGGACAAAAGGAGCUAAGAAGUCAAUGAGAGGAAGAAAGAAAGUCAAAGUGGAGCAGUGUUCAGUGGGGGUCACAAAGGAACUUGAGAAUUGCUCUGCUUCCCACAACGACACCUCUGAGGAGAGCUAGCAGCGGGGCGGGAUGAGCAGCGGCACCGACGCUGCCGACCAAAGGAGAGGGCUUGGAGACCUCAGCAUCCCACCCAGGCUGGGAGAGUGGCUCCUCCUGCUGAGCCGGGCCAGGCGCUGGGGAUUUCAUAAGGACUCAUCAAGGAGUAAAACACCCUGAAAAUCCUCAGUCGGUGCCCUGGGAGGGGCUGUGCAAGGUGUAGGUGGUACCUGGAGCUGGCAGGUCACUGCUGAUGGAGCAGCGCCGUGACCUUCAGACUGGUGCUAGGAACAGGAGACACCUUUACAGCACUCACCCUGCAUCAGCACCAUGUUUCUCCCUAGGAUUUCAUGCAAGGAGAAUGGACUAUCCAGACCCCACCCUCCAUGAACAUCAUCCAGGUGGCUGGUCGAAGGGUGGUGACCAAGCUGGACACAGCAGGGCCCCACGCACAAACCUGCAUUGAUUAAAUCCCUACCCAGGGCUCAUACACAUGUGGAUCUUAUUUGGCCUGGAGAGAAAACUCAUGUUUUUCUAGUUAAGCGAGGAGCAAGGACAGGGGCAGGGAGGUGGAACAUGGCCCUGGAGAUGGCAGGGAGAAGAGCAUGAGAUGGGAGGGCUUGGUGGUCCCAAGGUGUCCUGCUGGAAGAGGCGCAUGUGGGAGCCCCAGCCCCUCAGACUGCAGAGAGGCAGCCUGGGAUUGGGAGAACUGGGAGAGGGAGGGAACUUUUAUGCGACUAUAAAAUAAUCUCCUCCCUAUGACAAUCCCUUGAUAAGCAAACUGUGCAGACAUCAUGCCAAAAAUAAUGAACUCUUCAAUUUCUGUUUUUUUUAAGGAGAUUUUUUUUUUUUCCUCCACUUGCACAAGACCACCACAGGUUUGACCUUUGUUUAUGGGACUUCUAUUUUCUUUUAUAUUUUUUCUUGCCAUUUUCAGCUGAUGCCCCAUAUCUCUGUGCAGGACGUGUGUGAGGGGCUGGCAGGGACACGUAUUUCAUAGUUAGGGCAAUCCCACAACUGUAAAAACAAAUAAAGGUUUUGUCAGCUCUGUGUAAAGGGCUCCACUGAGCAAGUGGCUGAAGUAAAAUAAAACUUUAUACACUGCA